AUGCAUGUGUUCUUAGGCUACGGACAUGCGACCCGGGUCUCCGCCUUUGCUCGCACAAUCCUAAGUUUGAGCACCGAACGUCGUCCAAUUGCAGUGCACAUCGUAUCUUCGGCUCCAGAGCACGUCUUCGCCGAUAGUAUUGGACAGGGAGCACGGUAUCGUCAUGCGGAGAUCGACCCAGUCAUAGUACAGCCGCUAGCGUAUCAAGUCGACAGGCGGAAGAGUCUAGCCGUUCUCAAGUCAUUCUUGGGCAAGAAACAGGCGCUCCUCGAGCGAGAAACUCGAUGGUUGCAUGAGGUUGGAGUCACGGUUGUCCUCAGCGAUGCGGCAUUUCUUGGGUGCCUUGCGGCAAAGGUGGCCCAAAUACCUUCGAUACUUGUGACCAACUUCUCGUUCGACUCUGUCUACAGUUACCUCGCCACCUCCAUUGUCGACAGUCCCGACACCAACCUGCACCCUGAUGGAUUCGAAAGCCUAUUAGACGACGAGCCUAUACCAUUAGACCAUUUGGAGCCCCUGGUAAAGGAGAUGCACUCUGGCUACCGCUGUGCGGACCUCCUCGUGCUUUUACCCGGUUCGAUCCCAAUACCGUCGUUCUUCGGUUACCCCUCCCUUCCCGCCUCCACAUGGGUCGAUUGCGAAACCAAGCGGUUCUACCCCGACAUAGUCAACGCCCUUGUACGGAAGAUGGAAAACAGCGACAUCACCCCUAUCCCAUUUCCCACAUCUGGUUAUACGAUACCUCGCAAAGUCAUCCCAGCUCCACUCCUUGUUCGUGAUCCAAGCCCUGAUUGGUGCACCUUCGAGGGACGAUCUCGUAUAUUGACCCAAAUCGGUAUCCCCGCCGAAAGGCAAGGCUUCGAUACGAAGGUCCUCGUCGUUUCCUUUGGCGGGCAACAUUUCCACCAGCCCAGCAGGUCCGGGAGCAGAGCUGACAGUCGAAGUUCCAGUCGGGAAAAGCUCCCUGGCGUUGUGCACUCCAAGGAGCCUGGCCCCUCUUUUCCAGCCACAACGCAGCAAUCACAACCCAGUCCGCCCUCACUGACGCCAUCUAAUCCUCCCCGACUUGCCACUGAAUCCCAUAUCUGGGUUCCCGGUGCACCACCUGCCUACAAAGGAGUAGGGCUUUCGCCGGUGACCACCCCUGGAUCACCGCCCACGCGUUUGGUGUCUGUCGAAACAGCCUAUUUCGACUCGAUGAACGCCGUCAUUUCCGACUAUGAGCCGCGACUUUUACCAGACGAAUCAUGGAUAGCAGUUGUAUGUGGUGUCUCGAAGGAGAAGUGGCUCAUGCAAGGAGAGGACCUGCCAGACCGGUUCUAUGUCGCGCCGAAGGAUAUUUAUAUGCCUGAUUUGACGUCAAUAGCAGAUGUGCUACUUGGGAAGUUGGGAUACGGCACUGUCUCUGAAUGCGUAGACGCCUGCACACCUUGUGUUUAUGUAUCCCGACCUCUUUUCGUCGAAGAACACGGUCUCCGAUUGCUCCUGGAGAGGGAGGGCGUUGGUGUCGAAUUGGCCCGAUCAUCAUAUGAGGCGGGUGAUUGGGCGAGCGCUAUCAGCGAAGCUUUUAGCAGAGGCAAGCCAAUGAAGGAGAGGAAGCAAAUCCGGGAUUGCUGCGAUAGGGCGAACCAAACACUACGGCUUGCCAAGGAUGUGAUAGACUGGGCGACUGAUUGCAGUAGAAAUGUAAGAGCAGCUGCGGAAAGUCACUCUUUGGGAGAUAAGUGAUAUACUGUCGUGCUUUCACAAAUCACCCUAUGAUAUCGCAUUCGUAUCUUGACGCCACCGAACUGUGCCAAGAUUCAGCAGUCGAUUAGAAGAUAUGGACAGAUAGAGUAUAGCUGGAUUAGUACCUAUGGACAAGUAAUGCAUUGUGAUAUCGCACA